AUCGUUUGUCAUCAAUAAAACCCGAAGUGACAGAUAGUUCUUCUACAAACGUCGCAAAUAGGACAGGAAACACAGAGAGUCCGUUCUCAAAUACCAGUUUAGGAUAUACAGUUCAACCAAAUAACAACAGAACGGAAGAAAUAAUACCUUCCAAAGACGACAUUGUUAAAAACACAACAAUACCAGUUGUAGAUGGUAACAGAACCAUAGAAGCAGAAUCAACAACACAUAGAAGUCUCAAAACAACAACAACAACAACAGCUGAACCAGCCACCGUUUGUCCUCCCCAAAACGGGAAAUUUCCAGUUUUUCUCCCUCAUACAGAAAACUGCUCGCUGUACUAUGUUUGUGACAAUGGAUUACCAAAGUUAAUGGGUUGCCCCUCACCCCUUCACUUCAACCGACAACUUAAUGUAUGUGACUAUGAGUGGAGAGCUGGCUGUUCUAAAAAUGGUCUGAAAACAACAACAACAACUGAACCAGCCAACGUUUGUCCUCCCCAAAACGGGAAAUUUCCGGUUUUUCUCCAUCACACUGAAAACUGCUUUCUGUACUAUGUUUGUGACAAUGGAUUACCAAAAUUAAUGCGUUGCCCAGCACCCCUUCACUUCAACCGAGAACUUAAUGUAUGUGACUAUGAGUGGAAAGCUGGUUGUUCUAUGAAGGGAACGACUCGAUGGACUCUUCAACAGAAAAUAAUAUAGUGGCUUAUUGUCCUUGCAUUUAUCAGUUAUUCAGUAUUAUUCACAUCUAAUUGAUUAUAUAUAUAUAGAGCAUUUUAGAUCUUUAUUUCCUUCUUUUACAAAAAUAGAUUAAAAACUAGUUCUAAAAUGCAUAUUUCAAUUUUAAAAUAUUUGUAUCUAUUUGAUUGUU